UGACAUAAGACCUUAACCCAUAUGCUUUUGCCGGGAUGGAAAACAGAAAAGAUGACCAAGAGCCUUUCCCGUCGUCAGGGCAACCAUGUUAUAGCGGUGGUCCGGUGGAGGAGGAGCAGGUGAUGAGUGAGGUCCACCUAGGCUGUUCUCCUUACAACUCUGGGACGCACCUCUCCCGCUUUUCCAUCUAUUUACCACCUCGCAAAGUGCUACGUGAUUGCAAUACUUGCACAUAUAACCAUAUUUCAAGACCUGAAACUUUGAACUUGGAUGCAGAUGGUGAUCUUAUUCUAACUCGGCGCAGAAAAGCACAAAAAUAUCAUACUGUGAUAACCAUCCAUCAUAACAUCACAUCAUCACUUCCUAGAGUUGGUUUGCAGAUAUGGAGGGCAGAACUGCUUCUCUCUGAUUUUGUUUUGCAUACGAUAUCCACUUCAUCUAUUUUUGAUGGAAUUGUUGCAGUUGAGCUAGGUGCUGGCACAGGGAUGGCUGGGAUGAUACUUGCCCAUGUUGCUAGAACUGUUUUCUUAACAGUGAAUGAAAGAAAACAAGAUUCCCACUCUUAUUGAUUAUAGAACUAUUAAGCUGGAUCCCCUUAUGCCAGACCAUGGUGAGGAAGUACUUGAUAACUGUGCUAGGAAUGUCCAAAACAAUGCUGGAAUUUUCCAUCCAAAUGCUCAAAUCCAUGUGCGUGAACUCGACUGGAAAGGUCCAUGGCCUCCUAAAGUAGCAGAAUAUUUGCAAUCCGUAAAAAGGAAUGUUUGGACACAGACUGAAAUUGAAGAACUAAAAAAGGCUUCAAUACUUCUAGCCGCAGAUGUAAUUUACAGUGAUGAUCUGACUGAUGCAUUUUUCUCUAUCUUAGAGCGACUGAUGGCUGAAAAUCCUGAAAAGGUGUUAUAUUUGGCACUCGAAAAGCGUUACAAUUUCACCCUUGACGAUCUUGAUGUUGUUGCAAACGGAUACUCACACUUCAGAAGCUAUCUUGAGGGAGAAAGUAAUGAACUUGUGAGUAGCCCAUAUUCACGUUGCUUUCUAGGUAAGCAGAUCAAUCUUAAGGAGAUCCCAAAAUAUGUAAGAGAAUAUGAUAGAGGAGACAAUGUUGAGAUCUGGGAAAUUAAGUACAAGCACCACUAGAUGGUCCAGACACUGUAGCUCUGCCGAAGUCAGCCAGCUCAUGAAUUGGUAUAAAAUAUUGUAAAGUUUUGAUGGUCCAGAAUAGAGGUGGGCAAAUCGGUUUAUGGUUCGGUUUUAGUUCGAUUUCGAUUUAUUCGGUUUGAGGAAAAUGGUACCAAAGUGAUACAAAUGCAUUUUAGUUUGGUUUCGGUUCGAUUUGGGAAUGGUUUUGUUUGGUUUGAAGUUCGGUUUAUAUAACUGAAAAUGAUUAUGUCUCCCUUCAUAUUCUAAUAGAUAUUCUUGUCC